GCCCGACCAGACCAGAACUUUCCUGUUGUGUAUUGUAGUGGGGUUUGUAAAUAUACGCUGAGAGCUGUCACUGUCAUAUAUAAACCGUGAGUUAAAGCCAAGCUUUCCGGGAAACGGACUGUGCUGUACUGGGAACCGCAACAUUUGUAAUUGCUAGUGAGGAUACAGGAGUUGACAAGUUAGCACCAUGACUGAGCCAGAGGUCCCUCCUAGUCUAUCGUUUCCUGAUAGCUAUAUUGAUAAUGAUCCACAAAAAUCUGUUGAGGAGCUGACAAAAGCUUUAGAAGAGAUGCCCGAUAAUGCAGAAUACUACUGCCAAAGAGCUUAUACUCAUAUACUUCUCCGGAAUUACAAUGAUGCUGUUUUGGAUGCGAAGAGGUCCCUCGAGCUCCAGCCUAACAAUGCUAACGCUUUCCUCAGGAAGGGGGAAGCUGAAUUUCAUUUACAGAACUAUACCUCUGCACAAGACACUUUUAGGGAAGGACAGGCUAUAGAGUCAUCAGAUUCAACUUUCGCACUAUGGAUUAAGAAGUGUAAAGAAAAAUUAAGUGUUUUACCUACGACUGAAUUGACUACCACCGAUUGGCCGCUAAAGUACAAGCAUGAUUGGUAUCAAACCGAAUCUCAAGUUAUAAUUACAAUAAUGAUAAAGAAUGUACAGAAGAAUGAUGUCCAUAUACAGUUUUCUGAGAAAGAGUUGAAUGCAAAUGUGAAUCUUCCUUCUGGAGAAAACUACAAUUUGAAAAUGUGUCUUCUUCAUUCUAUCAUACCUGAUCACAGUACUUUUAAAGUUUUUUCAACAAAGAUUGAGAUUAAAAUGAAGAAAGCAGAGGCACUACGAUGGGAGAAAUUAGAAGGUGAAGCAGACAGUCAUAUAAAACAAUUUACUCCAGAUUCUGUGCUCAAAUACCCAUCAUCCUCUAAAUAUACAAAAAACUGGGAUAAAAUUGUAGUUGAGAUCAAAGAGGAUGAAAAAAAUGAAAAAUUGGAAGGGGAUGCUGCACUUAAUGAACUAUUUCAACAGAUUUAUUCAGAUGGAACCGAUGAAGUUAAACGUGCCAUGAACAAGUCGUUUAUGGAGUCUGGAGGUACAGUUCUGAGCACCAACUGGACCGAUGUGGGCAAAAGGAAAGUGGACGUUAAUCCUCCAGAUGACAUGGAAUGGAAAAAAUUCUAAUUUUCAAUGUGGAGUGUGAACAAAUUUGCAUUUAACAGUAUAUUGCACAACUGGCGUACAUGUCCAUUAAGCCAUUGUGUGCUUUCAGAUCUUUCCUCCUCUCAAAAAAAUUACAUAAAAUUCUGCGUUCACUGCUUCAAUUAAAUGUUUCAAAAGAAUUUAUAAGUAUACCAUAUCCAUUAUUCCUGACCGGUGGGAAGGGAUCAAGGAGGGAGCAUGUACACUGAUUCCUAAUGCAUAUUGGGCUGAGUACUUUAUUGGUUGUAGGAGCAGUAACAUUAUUAAAUACAGACUGUGUGUUGUAAAUCUUUCUUAAUGACCACCUCUUUGCCCUUUUAAUGAAUUGCAAAAUAUAAACAUACUUUUUCAAUAA